AUGCCGGGGCCAAUGCAGGUGUUCUUCAUCCCCUUCUUCGUGCCCAGCCACAUGAACCCCAUGACGGACCUCGCCUGCGCGUUCGCCGCCCGCGGGGUUGACGCCACGAUGGUUGUGACCCCCGCCAACGGGGCGCUCAUCCAGCGGACCGUCGAGCGGGCAGCCAGCGCCGGGCUCCCCAUCCGCAUCCUUAACUACCCCUUCCCCUCCGCAGAGGUGGGGCUCGCGGAAGGCGUCGAGAACCUCGUGUCGGCGCCGCCUGAGGAGGAGUGGAAGAUCAACCGGGCGGUGGACCUCGUCCAGGGAAUCCACGAGCGCCUCCUGCGGGAGCACCGCCCCCACGCCGUCGUGGCGGACUGCUCCUUUGCGAGCCUGACCUACGUCGCUAGGGACCUGGGUAUCCCUCGGGUGGUGUUCCUGCCGUUCGGCGCCUUCCCUCUCGUGGUGAGCGUGAGGCUGAUGGAGCACGAGCCAUACGCCGGCCUCGCCGACGGGGACAACACCCCGUUUCUCGUCCCCGACGUCCCCGACAAGGUGGAGAUGGUGAAGUCGGAGCUCCCCAACCACCUCAGAAUAGCGAGUCACCUCACCGAGAACAUGGAGUUUAUGAGGAAAUCGACGCUGGAGUGUUUCGGCGCGGUGUUGAACACGUCCUACGACCUGGAGCCGGCCUACUGCGACCAGUUCCUGCGGACAGAGUGCCGACGAGGGUUCUUCGUCGGCCCGUACGCGCUGUUGUCCGAGAAGAAAGAUGAUUUUGAGGAUCGAGAUGACAAGUGCUUGGCUUGGCUGGAGACGCAGGAGACGGCCUCGGUGGUGUUUGUGGGCUUCGGGAGCUUCCUCUUCUUUAGCAAGGAGCAGCACUGGGAGAUGGCGCGGGGGCUGGAGGCCUCGGGGCGCCCGUUCCUGUGGACGUUGAAGGAGAGUGACUUCGCCGGCGGCGGCGCGGACUGGCUGCCGGAGGGUUUCGAGGAGAGGACCCGGGGCCAGGGCCUUGUCGUCAGGGGGUGGGUGCCUCAGAUGGCGAUCCUGAACCACCGGGCGACGGGGGCCUUCGUCACCCACCUGGGAUGGAACUCCCUGACGGAGGGUCUCUACGCCGGCGUGCCCAUGAUCACCUGGCCGCUUGCACACGAGCAAUUCAUCAGCGAGAGGCUGGUGGUGAACAUUCUCCGUGUCGGCGUGCGGAUGUGGGACGGGUACAGGAGCAGCCUUCCGGAGGCGGCGGCCAAGGCGGUCGUCAUGGGGGACGCCAUCGCGCGCACGGUCUCGCGGCUCCUCCCGCCGGGCUUCGCCGACGAGGAGGUGGAGGCACUGAGGAAGCAGGCCGCCGGGUACCGCGCCAGGGUACGGGCGGCGGUAAAGGAGGGGGGUGCGGCCUACAACGAUCUCACCCGACUCAUCGACGGCCUCAAGGCCUUCCGUCCAGAAGCCGAGUGGGGGGAUUCCGCUGCCAUCUCCAUCCCCUAG